AUGGACGUGGUCUCUCGGCUACGGAACCUAACGUUGCAAUGGAGUCGGGGCGCUGAGGAAGAAUGCCGAAGUAUACUCCUACCAUGCCAUUCGACGAUCUCGGACCCCAAAUCCGUAGAUACCGUCACAACUGCGUAUCAUACCCUGCUGUACUCGUCGUUGGGCGUGGGCGCGGCCAACGCCUCGUUCAAGCCGGACGACUUUGUGGCGCUCGUGCGUUCCAUCCGCGACGCGCUCCCAUCCUCGUCAAGCACUGCGCCGGUUGAGCCGGAUCCAGCCCUGUGCGAUGUCCUCGUCGACGUUUUGUGGUCAAUAGACGCAGAGCUCGACGAGUUGCUGCUGGAUGCGAAGAACGCCUCCGCCACCGACUCCGCGCAGGGGAACUCGGACAAAGAGGCAUCGGUGUCUCAAACAACUCAGAUUCUGGAGACGGACAAACAAUUGUUGGGAAAUGUCCUGAAGAUGCUUUUGUCCGCUCGAAUUCUAGACCCUACGGUCUGCCGGGAGCGUCUUGACAUUGGCCUCGUCUCCAAAGCCGGCCUCAUCGCAGACGAAAACGCCUUCUCGAAGAAAGAAGUGAGGAACCGAACUGGGUUAUUCUACAAGCAGAACAAAUUCAAUCUGCUACGCGAGCAAUCGGAAGGAUACACCAAGUUGACUGUCGAGAUCAUGAGCAGUAUGGGCCCCCCUCACGCGUCCGACACCGGCCGUCCCGUAGAGUUUCUGGCCGAGAUCCGCGCGAGGGCGAGUGGAGCCUGGAAACGUGUCGUCUCCCUCAUCGGGUACUUCGACCUAGACCCAAAUCGCGCUCUCGACGUCAUCCUGGACAUCUUCUCCACCAACCUCGCCGCCCAUUAUACCUUCUUCCUCGAACUUCUAUCUUUCUCGUCGUGGGCGCCUGAAACGAAGAUCGUCCCGGAUGAGGCAGUAGCGGAGCAAACGUACAAAGGCAAAUCCUUCGACGAGGUCUUGCUCACCGCCGAGAACGCGUCGUUCAAAGGGGAGAAGCGCGAGCCACCGCCGCUCAAGCAGGGCAGUGGCCGAGUUUUGGCGCAGGUACUCGGCUUCAAGUUCACACACUACCAGAAUCCUGCUAUCAGAGAGCCAACUCCUCGAAGUCUGUACUACGUAGCGGCACUUUUGAUCCGAGAAGGCUUUAUCACGCUGGAGGAUCUCUACCCUCAUGUUUCACCCGCGGACGACGACAUGGACCGGUUCCACAAAGCCUACCUGAAGAAAGUCGAAGACCGGAUAGCAAGCGCAAAGGUGAACCUCCUCGCCCUAGCUGCACCGCUCGAAAGCGGAGGUAGCUCCUCAUCAAAACCGAAAGUGGCCACCGUAACGGAGCCUAAAUCUGCCAACACCGAAUUGCCGAAUCAGAAGCUAGGGAUUGUCAACGGCCUCUUGGCUCUGGGCGCCAUACGGCAAGCGCUGCCGAUCUUGACCAAGUUUCCUUGGUUGAUAGACGCACAUAAUGAGAUUGCAGAUCUGAUGAUCCGCGUUUUGGAUGUCAGCUUGUCGCCGUUGUACAACUCCACGUUCCCGAGAGAACACAAGGCGGGGUUCAUGGCUCCCCGGCCGAGAUACGGCGCAGGUGGUACCCGUAUGCCGCCUCCGCGGAGACCGCAGCUCACGUUAUGGGCGCCGACACCUCCCAGCACGAGCACGCUCGACUUCGUCUUCUUCCUUCCGGAAUGGUCGAGCCGUGUACCGCUCUGCGCGUCUUUGGAAGACAUUGCGGACCUCGUCGAGCCCAUUCUGCGUUUCCUUGGUCCUCACAUUUCGCGCAACCCGCUUUGGGUCACCAAAUUCCUUCGCCUGGGUCGCCACCAUGUGGCUUCUACGCUAUCCUCCGACCCGGACUCCAGGAUGCCAAUCGCAGACCAUGAUCUAAAGCACCCCAUACGCCAAUUCUGGUUCAAGAUGUUACGAUUAUACGUGAUGCCGGCGUUGGCGCUCAUACCGGGGAAUGCGGUAUGUACGGUAGAGGUUUGGAACAUCAUCAGGAUGUACGACACGACAUUGCGGUGGCGUUUGUACGGCGAAUGGCGCACGAUCUAUAACUCGCGUCCCGAACUUCGAAUACGCAAAACCUGGGCGGAUCGGGAGGCCAAAGGCUUGUUACGGAGGUUGUCGGGCGAUAACAUCGAGGUGAUCGCAGGGACGGUUGCAAAGCUUACGCACGCCAAUCCAACGAUCUUCUUCGCGGAGGCGGUCAAGCAGAUUGCAUCUUACGACAAUCUGGCGAACGUGGUUGUCCAAGGUCUUCGGUACUCGACGAACAUGGGUUUCGACGUCCUGCAGUUCGUCGUCUUGGACGCCUUGGCCGACCCCGCCAGGGAACGUGUCAAGAGUGACGGUAUCAACGCCACCGACUGGCUUACGAGUUUGGCCGCUUUCACCGGGAUGCUCUUCCGAAGGUACAAGGCCGACUUGACGCCGCUCCUCCGCUACAUCGUGCACCAAUUGUAUAACCAACAGACGGGCGACAUCCUCAUGCUACGCGAGCUGAUAUGGAAGAUGGCUGGGAUCGAGCCUCUGCCCACCUUGUCCAAUGCGCAGAUCCAAGCCAUGGCUGGCGGCCCCGUCCUGCGGGUCGAAGCGGUGGCGUCCGUCAACCGUGGUGCCCGGCAAGACCCGAGCGACAUCACGUUGCGCAGCCCGCAGAGGUUGGGCAAGGCCUUGCUGGAUUCCGGUCUGGCUCUUCCCCUUCUAAUCCAGGUUGCUCAGCAGCGUCAAUCGUGCAUCUUCCGAACGAGCGAUGCCCCUUUGAAGAUUUUGGCGAAUCUGUUCGACCAGACCCACGGUGUCUUACUGCAGUACUUGGACCUGUUGACUUCACCUGCAGUAAUAUCUCCUGAGGACUACGCGACCAAAGUCAUUCCGUCCCUGGGAGACCUCGGUGAGAAGUACGGGAUAUGUGCGCCCAUCUGCAUGCAGAUUGUUCGCCCUGUUCUUUCCAGGGAAUUGUUGUUGGCUGCGAAGUCUUCAGCGGAGCAAGAGCGCGUGGCUAGCGAAGAGGCCGAGAAGCGUCUGAAAGCCGCGUUGAAAGAGAAGCGCGAACCCAGCGGUGUCUCGCGUGUCGCUUCGCCCGCGGUCAAUGGCGAUAACACCAUGAUUGUGGACAGUGAAUCCAAGCCUGAGGUGGCCGAUGGUGCCACUUCGCAGGACGCGGCGAUGGAUACGUCUGCAGACCCUCCGGCUAACCAGAACACUGUGGAGGACCCGUGGUUGCCACAGCUAAAAGCCCUGUUUGACGAUGCUCGACGGAUAGCGCCGGCCGCGUGCGCCGCCUUAGGACCUGCAUUUUAUCUCACGUUCUGGCAGCUUUCGACGUAUGAUCUAUCUCCACCAGACGUACGCUAUGCGGAGGAGACUGCGAAUCUGCGGUCCCUCAGUCGCCAAGAAGAGUCGAAGUACAGUGCGGCAGAUCGAUCUUCCCAGCGUGCCAUGCGGACAGUUGCGUUAACGCACAAGGCGAAGCGAGACCGAUACAACUCCUUCAUCACUCAAUUGAACGAGGAGUUCAAGGAACAAGUUAUCUCGAGGACAUUCACCGUCAAGCGGCUGUCGCGGGAGAAGCAGCAUUGGUUCUCAGCUAAUACCCGAGUCGCGACGACCGUGCAGUCCUUCUACGAGCACUGUAUCCAACCUCGAUGCCUCCUUUCGCCCAUGGACGCCGACUUCUGCGCCCAGUUCAUCAAGCUUAUGCACACACAGGGCACGCCCCACUUUUAUACCUUGAAGUGCUAUGACAUGGUGCUUGGUUCGCAUAUCCCCUCAAUCAUAUUCUCUUGCAGCGAAUAUGAGGCUCGCCAUUAUGGCCGUUUUCUGCUUGGAGUUCUCAGUGAUCUCUGGAAGUGGCAUCAGGAUGAACAGGCAUAUCUUCAAGACAAUCGAUCGAAGGUCGGGGGCAAGGUCGUUUGGCUUCCUGGCAUGCGUGCCCGUUGGACAAACAAGUCGCCUAUAACCGAGGAGGAUGUUGUCCCCUGGACGCAGUUCAAGCAGGAUUUCAUGGUCAAGUGGCAUCGCAAGUUGCUGAAGGGAGUUAUUAGCUGCAUCGACUCUGGGGAGUUCAUGCAUGUGUCUAACACCAUCAUCGUCCUCAAGGAGAUUCUGCCCGUCUUUCCAAUGGCAGCAGUGAUCGGGCAAGGAGGUCUGCACCUUGAGGCAUCCAUAAAAAAUGCCAUACAGUCGGAAGAACGAGGUGACUUAAAGAUUCUCGGACAGAGUUAUGCCGCGGGUCUCAAAAAGCGCGAGAAGUUCUGGAAACCCGAAACGAAGAGCGAGCCCAGGACGCCUGCCGGAACCCCGACAACAUCCUCCUCCGCGAGAGCUGCUCCUGGUGCAAUUCCGAGUGGCCCUAGAGAAGAAAGGCCGCGGAACGCAUCCGGCGUCCCCGCCCCUGCGACCGCGCCAUCUGCGCCUCGUGCUCACCCAACGACGAAUGGUGCACCGCAAGCCAAAGUCGACAAGGUGCCCACGGGACCCUCGCAUGCGAAGCUCGCUCUCGAAAACAUCCCAAGACCGGAAGUUGUGAAGCGCGUCCGCCCAGAUACCAAGGGUGUCGAUUCUCCGAAGCCCGCGACGCCUACUCCUUUGAGAGGUGAUGCCAUGGACAUCGACGUUCCCGCGCCCGAUCGCAGGCCUUCGCUGCAACCGGAACCCAGGGAUUCAAAACCAUCGACACCCAAACCGCCCGAAGCUCCUUCCACCACCCGACCCCCUCCUCCUGACAUUCCACGGAGGACGAUGCCCUUGGAAUCAAGGACGUCGCGUCCUGCUUCGCCGAGCGUGCAAGGAACGUUGAAGUCCGAUACCGCUCGCAAGGAACCACCCAAGUCCCCUCGGGGUGACCGUCUGCCGGAUGAGCGUGCCCGCGGAGAGUCACACAUGCCGCCUCCGUCUGCCCCGAGCCAGACCCUAUCCGCUCAAGAACUCCGCGAGACCGCCAAGCAGUCCAUAGGCACCCGACCGUCCGCCGUGCAAGGUGAAGACAAGACGCCCAGGAGCACUCCCGAGCGCGGUGCGGGACCGCCAGGAUCGCGACGACGCACGCCUUCGCCCUCCAGUCGUCCGGGCACGAGGAACCACAGUGCCGACAGCCGUCACAGCGGCGGACGAAAUGGCGAUCAUGACCGACCCGACGAGCGGCGGCCCGAGCGUGACCACCGCCAUGAGCCCAGAGAGUUGUCACGCCGCGACUCGACACUUUCGCAGAGGUCGCGAGAUCGGGACCGGGACAGGGAGCGGCCGUCCCGUGACCGUCGCGACAAGGCUGGGGAGCGUGACGGCGAGCGCUCGAGGGAGCCGCGAGAACCGCGCGAUCGCUCAGAGAAGGAGCGUGAGAGGGAGCGCGACCGCGAGCGGGGUAAAGAGCACGACCGAGACCGUCAUCGCAGAGACAGUCGAGACGAGAAAGAGCGUGAUCGCGAUGAGAGGAGGGAACGUGAUGCUCGCCCCAUCACCCCGGUGAUUCCUGUUCCCGCAGACGAGCGCGGCCUUCCGAGCAGACCUGACUUUGCGAAGUCGCGGACAAAUGGCGAUGAUGCUCUCGGGAAACGACGCAGGGAAGACGAUCUCGACCGUAGCUCCAAGCGUGGUACACGGACUCAUCGGGACCGCGAACGUGAUCGAGAUCGCGAACGGGACGACCGCAGCCGCCGUGUCUCUGACAAGGACAAGGACAACUCUGAACGGGUUCGUGACGGCAGGGAGGGUGAUAGAAGACGGAAAGAUCGUGAUGGCGGGGACAACGAUCCCCGCACCCCCAUAGAGCCCAGCGACAGCAGAGGAAGCCUUCCCACCGGACCCAAGGCCCAAUCGUCGGUGCCUUCCGGUCCUCGAGCCAUGGCUCCCGAUAGCCGCCCCGGCCGAACAGAACCCAGCGGUCGCGGGAGAGAACGUGAGGUGCUGGCACACGUGGCGACAAGCAGGUCCCCGUCUAUGACAGGCUCCCAGAACCAGAGCUUGCUCAGUCGGCUAUCCAAGGAGGCGCCGAAGGGCCCUGCAAACGGCGAUUCGUAUCGACGCAGCCCCGUCACGGACGACGAUCGAGACGGCGGACGGAAGCGAACCUUGUCCGAGCGCGACAAGGACGGCAGCGAGCCGAUGCUCGGGAUGCCGACCGAACCUUCGUCGCAUCCGCCGAAACGACCGCGAAUCGUGCGGAACAGAUAUCAAGAACAAAUCAGUAGAGCUCUCGGCUCGGACAGGGCCCGCCCGAAUUAAUGACUCCC